AUGUAUGCCUUUCGAGAAACAAACCUCUCACUCCCUGAUUUUAAAAAUUCUACAGUCCCACUCAGUUAUAAAUUACAAGCCUAUCAAUCAAUAUGGACUACCAAAUGUGAUCUAGUCAACAACAACAGACACCUUCAAAUGGAUCAUGUAAAAACUUCAGAUGAUAACCGCAUAAUUGUACCAAAAUUUUCAGUUACUGGAGAAGCAGGUAUUCAUCCAUUUUACAUCUUCAACAUUUACGCACCGGCUUCGAAUGUAGACAACGCUCGUAUUCGAUUCUUUCAACUUCUUAUGGAUUUCAUCGAUUCACUCGACUCUUCUCUAGACAUCAUGUCGAGUAUGAUAGUGGUUGGGGAUUUCAAUUUCUCCUUUGAACCAAUCCAUAUAUCCGGAUCUCACUCCUCUCGACCAAAGAAGUUUAUGUCCCUCAUAGCUGCCAACUUUAGUGAUUGUCUCAAUUCAAAAGACGAUGAUGACUUUUACAACUAUUUCCCUACUUUUAGACGAGGAAAGUCAAUGUCAUGCAUCGAUUACAUAUUUGCGGGUGGUAAUAUACGUCGAUAUGUUACUGGCAGCGAACUGGAGUUUCUCUCUCCCAAGUUAACUGACCACGCACUCUUGACCACUUCACUUCGCUUUGGUUAUGCAAACACAGGCAAAGGAUUAUGGAGAGCAGAUCCAUAUUUAGCAACCAAAAACUCCUACUGCCACAAGAUACAGACUAGCAUCAGUCACUUUAUGACAAAAGUUUUGGCUAAUACCACAUAUUCACCUCAACUACAAUGGGAUCGCUUUAAAGGUUAUGUGCGAAAGAUCACUCAAAAUUACUAUAGUAACAGAGCGUCUUGGCGCAAGAAGCGCCUAAAAGAACUCCAAAGCAAGCGUAACUUUUUGUGUCGAUUAUACAAGCAGCAGAAGUCGUUCAUCAACACCGUUUUGCCAGAAGUGGAGAAUGAAAUUGCUGUUCUGCAGAACGAAAUGUUUGUCACGGCUACCCUCAGAGCAGGAAAAGUUUGGAUGGAAAAAAGCGAGCGGAAUUUACUAAUGUGGAAUGUACUACUACCAAAGACAAAUUGGAAGCAGUUCAAGUCUUUUACCAGGAUCUUUAUUCGGCCAAAACAAUACAACGUCGAUUUUUGA